UACCAUGGUCCAUUGUAAACAUAACGGUCCUCGUUUCUUUCAUCUGGUUUAAUUUCGUGUAAGUAAAGAUACCAAGUAUAUUUGGCAAAGACGGGCUAUUUUCUUUAAAACUGCAUGGUUGGUUAAUAAGGGCUUGAAAGUAACCAUUUCACAGUAAGGUCUACCUACACCUGUUGUAUUCGGCGCUUGUGACUAAUAAAGUUUGAUUUGAAUGAGCGACGGCGCCUCCUGGUGGUGAUUCUCCAGCGGGUUGCUAUGGUAACCGGUGAACUAUGGAGGAGGACAACGCUGCCGCGGCUCUCGACAAUAUUGUGACAGAAUUUCACACAUACGAAGAUUUCCUCGACUCUCAAAUUACGUCGUUGGACUUGUAUUAUCUCGAGGAUGAGGAGUUGGCUCGCCAGCUGGUGGAGCUGGGCUACAGGGGCAGCGGAGAGGUCCUGAAGAGGGAGGAAUUUGAGACCAGGAAAGCAGCUGCAGAAGCCUCCAGGCUCUCCAAGAGGAGCCAGCAGAACACGAAUAGCGUUUGGCUCAGUACUGUUCUGGCUGGGCCGCCGUGGAGCAGAGCAGAAGUCUCUCUUUUGGGGGAAGGCAGAUUCAAUGAUCCAUUAUACUGGAAGGAUGGAUGUGAACAGGUCCUGGCCCUGACUAGAAGUGAAGAGCAGGGCUCUUCAACCCUGGAAACCUACCCUCCUGUAGAUUGUUGCUCCAACCCCAGUUGUAACUAAGGCUGGGAAUGCCAGGGUAUUGUUCCUAAUGUAUGGUGUACUCAGUGUAUGUCUGCUGUGGAGAGAUCAUGAUAGAAUUUGUUUUAAUCAGUCAUGGAAAUAAAAGUGCAGAUAUCACGCUGGCUCACUAUUUAAAAGAAGAUGGAGAACAAGCUAUAGGAUAAAAUAUAUGCGUUUUGGUACAGUGACUAGCACUAGCUGACGCUACCUAGGAAAACAUUAUAAAAUUAUGUAUGUAUGUAUGUAUGUAUGUAUGUAUGUAUGUAUGUAUGUAUGUAUGUAUGUAUGUAUGUAUGUAUGUAUGUAUGUAUGUAUGUAUGUAUGUGUGUGUGUGUGUGUGUGUGUGU